AUGAACGGCGUUAUUGAGGCGCUUCACAUUUACGAUGAUAACCGUAAUCCUAUUCUCUCGCAUACCUAUGCAGGGCGGCCCUUGUCGGCAACCCAUCUUCUACCCCUCUACCUAGAACAUCCCGCACCGCGACCGAACCUCAUCUACCUCCCCAAUACGAGUCCUCCGACGCUUGUCUUCAGCUUAACACAUGCGAACCUCUUAUUCCUUGCUACGUCUUCAACCGAGAUCGAACCGCUGCUUGUCUUUGAGUUCCUACACCGCAUAAUAGAUGCUUUCGAAGACUUCCUUGGCGCGCCGCUCCUGGCCGUCAAGAUCGAGAAUAACUACGAUAUUGUUGCGCAACUACUGACGGAGAUGUGCGACGCCGGCAUAAUUAGUACGACAGAACCUAAUGCUCUGCGCGAGGUGGUGGAACAGGAAGGCUGGGUUGGGAAAUUGUUGGGAAGCAUCAAUCUGCCUGGAAAAGCACCUUUGAGCGCCAACUUCUCAAAUUCAAGCACGUCUUCCAUUUUGCCAUCGAACUCGACCGCUUUACCAUGGAGGAGAGCCAACGUGCGGCACACGUCCAACGAAAUGUACGCGGAUAUCGUGGAGACCUUGUCUGUUACACUCGCCCCUUCAGGAAGGCCUCUGGCAGCUUUCGCCAACGGCACUAUCGCAUUCACUUGUAAAGUAUCAGGCGUUCCGGACAUUACUUUGAACAUCACAAGUCCAUCCGGAAAACACAAUCUUGGCAGUAUCAUGGAACUACCCGUCUUUCACCCAUGUGUGCGGCUGAACCGGUGGAAGGAGAGACCAGGCGAGCUGAGCUUUAUUCCACCUGACGGGAGAUUCAUUCUGGCUGGGUACGAAGUGGACCUGCUGCCCUUUACGAGUGGGAAGAGCGGGAGCCUCAGCUCUAACAAUCUGAAGCUCCCCAUCAACAUGGAGGUCAAGACAGGUUUAGGGGCAACGGGAUCAGAUUUUGAGGUUCGGCUGCAGGUUAACAAGAUUCUCGGGGCACCUUCGCCAGCAUCAUCGGGUAUAGGGAGAGGCGGUAGUGGAGGCCGACUCGGUGGGCCUCAUCCUGGAUCUCCAGGAGCUCCUUUGAUGGAUGACUUAACUGUGACGAUUCCGCUGCCAGCCGAUGUUAGAAACCUAUCUGAGAUUCGACCGAGCAAAGGUGAUGCCAGCUUCAACCCCGGCGAGAAGUUUCUGGAGUGGUAUAUCCCCGCAAAGGAGUUAUCAGGCGGUACAAGCUACUUCGGUCUUAGGUGUACCGUUGUGGGACCACUGAUAGGUGAGGAUGAUGAGGGAUUCGAUCCUAACGGGUUUGGAUUCGGAACUGACUACACAUUUGAUGGGCCAUAUCAAAGUGUGCCUGUGGCCAAGGCGGCACAGAAUCCCGAAAGCACAGGUGAUGACAAGGACACCAAGAAAAUCGCACAGAACAAGAUCUUGAUGCCAACAUCGGCAUCAGUAAGUUUCUCGGUCAAGGGUUGGUUGGCAAGUGGAUUGAAAGUAGAGAGCAUACAGCUCGACACACGCAAGAGUAGGGGUCUGGGAGAGAGUGUCAAGCCCUACAAAGGAGUCAAGUACUUGACGGUUAGCAAGGGAGGUGUGGAGAUACGAUGUUAA